UAUUAUAUAACUAUAGGAUAUAUUAUAGGCUUAUAAUCAAAUCAUUCUUGGAUUGUUUACUGUUUAGUUCCGUAAAUAUUUUAAAUAUGGCUCGGAAUAUUAUAAAAUUAGGAGCCUUAGAAGCUCAGAAAACAGUGUUUCUUUUAUGUGACAUACAAGAAGUGUUCAGACCACACAUUAAAUAUUUUAGCGAAGUUGUAAAAGUGGCCAACAAAAUGGUAGAGGCAGCAAAACACCUCCAAAUACCUGUAUAUGUGUCCGAACAGUAUCCUAAAGGGUUAGGCCACACCACUAAAGAUAUUAACAUAGAAGAAGCUGCAAUGGUCUAUGAGAAAACUAAAUUUUCAAUGCUUACUCCAGAACUAGAAGGAAGGUUGAAAAAAGAUGUUCCAAGUUUGAGUUCCAUUGUAUUAUUUGGAAUUGAGUGCCAUGUAUGUAUUGAACAGACUGUGAUUGACCUUAUCAAUAUGGAUCUGUCUGUUCAUGUAUUAGCUGAUGGAGUUUCUUCAAGGUCACUUAUGGACCGAGAAUUGGGAUUACAGCGUCUCCAGUCUAUUGGCUGUUUUGUUGCUACAUCCGAAAAUGUCCUAUUUAAAUUAAUGAAAGACAAAAAUCAUCCUGCCUUUAAACAGAUUUCCAAACUCAAUUCUCAACCCACAUCUGAUGAAUUUGGACUCACCAAGUCCAGCUUAUGAUUGAAAGAAAAAUUUAUUAUGGCUAGAGUUAAGAAGCAUAUUUAGAUUUGCUUCAAACAAUUAAAUUUUUUUGCGGAAUAUGACUAUAAAUAUGUAAUGUAUAUUUAUAAUAUAUAAAGAAAUAAUUACCUAAUAUAGAAAUUAGUGGUAAUUUAUUGCUUUUGGAAAAGGCUCACUUGCUGCUGGACGGUUAAUAAUAUUAUGUUAACCUCAUUACUUUUAACGCCUUUCAAUGCAAUGAUUGCCUAUGAAGACUAGAGACAAUUGACUAUGAAGCUUUUGCAGAACGAAAUUACUCUGUAGGUAGUGUCCGAGAUGCCAUGUACAUUUACACACAAGGCCAGAUGAAUAAAAGGCCACCUUACUAAAUACGUGACGUUUUUUCAACAUUGUUGUUGUAAACUUUGAAAGAGUUGCAGCUCCUUACCAACAUUGUGUAAAAAAAAACUUGGCGAUUAAAAAGAAUGGCGGAGAGUUUAUUGCCAGUUCUUCUCUUCCGUUCUACGCCCUUGAUUUGAGA